AGCUACAGUCAAGUCAAACUACAAAAAGCUGAAUAAACUGUGACAAUUUGACACAUAUGAUGGACAUAAAUUACAGAAAUGAUUUUGAAAAUGCAGACACAGCAGCCUUAUAAAUGUUUAUGUGUGAUUGAGGGCUUCCACUUUUAGUUCAAUAGAUCCCUUGUAACCAUCAGCAAAAAGUGAAACAUCUUGUCUAUGAAAUAUAAAAUCAGAUAAGAUUUAAUAUAAGAAGUGAACUUAUUGAGGUUUUUGAUUUUAUAUACUCACCCGUAAUCUGGAUAUUUGAGUCGGAUGUAUUUGAUACACUGCUAUAGGUAUAUUUACCGAAAAGGGCUUAUUACAGAAAGGUUUAAAACUAACGUGUUGAGAAAUUCACAAUGAAAUAAGUAUGUUUUAUGUAUAAGGUGGUUUAAUGGAUGAAAUCUGAUCAUUAAUAAAAAAGUCAUAAUGUUUUUACAUAAUCAUUCCUGAACCCUUUGAAAUAGAAGAUACCUGAAAUGAGGAUUACAAUAUUUGCUAAUUUGCUUUCAUUAGGCGCAGGAUGAAUAGGACUUUAUAUAAUAUCACAACGAAAGCAACAUAGUGCCUGCACGAGAUAGCAUAGCAAUGCCAACAUUAAAUUUUAAUUCACUGAGGCUGUGAAAUUGUGGACGCCAUUGCAACUUCUUUACCGACCUGCUUUGAUCACAUUUUUCUAACGUCAUUUUUUUAGAAUAAACAUUGAUGAUGUGUUUCUUGUGUAUUUUAAUUUAGAUAAAUUUAUUAUUGCAUUUUUGUUAGUUUUUUUUUGAUAAUAUAUAUUUUGAUAAAACAUGAAAUCAGCGAGAAGUGUUCGUUCCUUAAGGUCCAUACGGUCAACCAAGUCUAUGGUGGAAGAAAGGAAAGCUGAAGAGUUCACAGACAACUUUGAUAGCUUGUUAGUUCUGGCAUGCUCCAAAUUCAAUUGCCCGUAUACAAUUACUGUAAAGAAAGAAACCAAACAGGAUGAUUACUACAAAAACUUAAAAAAUGUUGAUGCUAAGGGCCGGGUCAAGCCACGGCCAAGUUUCGUUCUGCAACAAGAUGACACUUCUAAGGCUUCAAUAUCUAACUCAAAUAAUACUUCUAAUCUAAGUGAAGAUUAUUCUUUCCAUGUAAAUACAAUAACUGUUACUGUACUAUAUGACAAUUUUAACACUUUGACAGAAAUUCUUAUAACAAAUAGAAAAGAAGUUCCCAUGGUCUUGAUGAAAGUAAUUCGUAUUCUGGUGCCAUUCUACAAGAAUUUAACAAAGAUAACUAUAAGUAAUUGUAAAAUAGAUAUGUACAUAAUAUAUGAGUUAAGUAAAAUUCUUCAGAGAUCCACAAUAGAUAGCGUAUGUCUUGAUGGUUCAGCUAUGCCAUUAGGAGACUUCACUAUGCUUUUGAAAACUUCAAAUCUUACAAAUCUGUCACUGUGCAGAUGCAGCAUUGAUGAUAUCGCAUGCGAACUCAUUGCUUCAAUGUUACAUUGUUCGGCUCCGGCAGACAAUUUGUUGCUUUUAAACCUAUCUUCAAAUCAGAUAACAGAUGUUGGUGUGAAAUAUAUCGCAAACGCUCUGAGAACCAAUAUCCGUUUGCGAUAUUUAAAUUUAGCCGACAAUCACAUUGACGAUGAAGGUGCCGGUUACAUUCUGGACGUAUUAAUUGAAUUUCCUUUGCUAUACGAUGAAAUAAUGAAGAUGAAAACGAAUAGACUUAAAUACUUGAAAUUGAAGAAUGCUUUAUAUAUUAAAUAUUUGUCAGAAUAUUGCAACAGAUCUAUGGAUGAUCUAAGUGAAACUCACUCGACUUCUAAGAAGAAGAAACCCAAAACUACAGCAAAAAGAGACAAAAAUAAAGGACAAGGUUGGACAAACGAAGAAAGUGUAAAAAUAAGAGCCGAAAUUAUGACUGCAGAAAUGUUAGGACCCUAUACAGCUCCAUUUAGUCCUGACACGAUUAAAUAUAAUAAUCAAUAUUAUUAUAGCCUUGGAAAUGAUACGCUCCAAUAUUUGAAUCUGGCGUACAAUAAUUUGUCAUAUUUAAGUUUAAAAAAAUUAAACAAAGUGGUAAUAUACCAGAAAACGCUCACCUCAGGAAAUAGAGGCCUCACAAAAGUUGUGAUGGAUGGUAAUAAUUUACCCAUAUCAUGCUCCGAAAUUGACAACAUAAAUCAUAUUUUGGGUGGAAAAAUAAUGCGUUUUAGCGGCAGGCUUUCUGAAGUUGUUCGUCGCAAAGGCAAAGGAUCCUUAAGAAUCGAGAAGUAAAUAAAAAAAAGGUUUUGCUUGCAUAUAUUUUUAAUUAGACUUUGUUUUAUUUACAAGAAAAUAGUAUAAAAAUUA